AUGUCUACCGUUGCGAAAAAGAAGAAAAUACGCCAAGGUCACCGAGCUUACGCUUCGAAAAUAUUAGGAAAUGUGAAAAGCGUAAUACAGAAUUAUGACUCGUCAAAUGAAAGCAGAUUGAGACAACUCAAGAUUUCCUUAGAAGAGAGAUUAAAGAAACUGAAAUCUUUAGACGAAGAAAUACUUGAAGUUAUUGAAGACAGCGAAAUUACGAGCGAAAUAGAAGAGUCUGGAGAGUUUACCAAGAAUAUUUAUGGAGCUAUUGUAGAGAUCGACAGCGUUUUGUCGAAGAGCAAAUUACACCAACAACUAGAAAACAACGGAGACAAUUUAAACGGAGAAGCAGAGAGUUUAUCGCAAAGCAAUGGAUCGAAGAAUAAACACGCAAAACUACCGAAACUUGUAUUAAAUACAUUUUACGGAGAACCAACUCAAUGGCUGUCGUUUUGGAAUUGUUUUGAAAGCGCUGUUAAUAAGAACGAUGAACUGUCUAAAGUGGACAAAUUUAAUUAUCUCAAGAGUCUCUUGAAAGGUCCAGCAGCGUUGACAAUCGCAGGUCUACAACUUUCGGCAGAAAACUACGAUACAGCGGUGAAAUUAUUACAAGAGCGCUUUGGAAAUAAACAAGUAAUAAUUAGCGGUCAUAUGGACAGUUUGUUAAAAAUAACAUCAUUGAACGUUUCGAAUGACGUAAAGAAACUACGACAAAUGUACGACAAAGUUGAGACACAUGUAAGAGGUCUACAAGCUCUAGAAGUUCCCACUGAAUCAUACGGUAGUCUUUUGGUGCCUAUAUUGAUGACCAAAAUUCCAGAGGACAUUCGAAUAUUGCUAGGGCGACAGAUUAAAGAAGACAAAGAUUGGAAACUUGAUGAGUUACUUCGCCUUCUACAAGAAGAAAUUAAGAACCGAGAACGAUGUGAGGGAAUUAAAGCAAUCGAGACACCUUCAGAAAACCGCGAGAGAAAAUAUCAGCGAAAAGAUCCUUCGUCAUUAGCAGCGUUGUUGGCAGAAGAAAAAGCAGCGCGAAUUGACUGUACCUAUUGUAAACAGCCACACCCAACAGUAGAAUGCAAAGUUGUCACAAACGUAGAAGCGAGAAAACAGAUUUUAAUGAAACAAGGACGGUGUUUUAGAUGCCUUAAACGAAACCACAUCGCCCGAGAUUGUCAAACGAAAACAACUUGUCAAAAGUGUUCAAGAAAACAUCAUGUUAGUUUAUGCGAGAGUGAACAACAACAAAAACGAGACAACCUUGGGAAAUCGCCAGAAGAAAAGUCCAACCAGUCCAGCACACUUUACGUUAGCUCAAAGAACUCCAUUCUACUUCAAACUGCACAAGCUUUCGUUGGAUUAAGAGAGUCAAAUUCCGGG